AUGGUCGACGCUUUAGUUAUUGCUGCCGAUGGGUUACUGAAAAACGUGGUGUCUAUAGCUGCCAACGAGAUCGUCCUAGCUUGGGGUUACAAAGAAAAGUUGAACAACCUUCAUGAAACAUUGGACCUGAUUCGCGCCAAAUUGUGGGAUGCUGAGAGACAAACAGGAACAGAGGCUGUGAUGGUGUGGCUGAAACAACUAAAACAUGUUGUCGAUGAAGCUGAUGAUGUGUUAGAUGAGGUUCAUUACGAAAUGCUAAGGUGUGCGGUAAAGAAACGAGAUCGCAUAGCAAGAAAGCUACCAUAUCUUCCGAGCUUGAAAAAGUUAACAUUUCGCAGAGAAAUGAGUCAUAAAAUCGAUAAUACUAGCAAAAGGUUGUUUGAGAUUAAUAAGCGAGCACAUGAUUUAGGCCUACAAAAUGAACAGCCGUUUGGUGUUCCAGAUAGUUUCUGUCGGGAGACUGAUCCAUAUUUAGACCAAUCCACGAUUGUUGUCAGGGAAAAUGACGAACUACGUAUUAUUCAACUUUUAACCGAAUCAGGAAAAGAAGAAAAACUUACGAUUGUUCCCAUUGUUGGAAUGGGCGGGAUUGGGAAGACCACUUUGGCUAAGUCAGUUUACAAUAAUCAAAAAAUUGAGCAACAUUUUGAUGUUAGAGCUUGGUUAUGUGUGUCGGUUAAGAUUGAUAUCAACAAACUGCUUGCAAAAAUUUAUGAAUCUUUUGCUGGAAAAGAACCUAAGUCGCAAACUAGGGUGAAUAUAAUUAAAGAUCUUGAAAAGGAGUUAGGAUCAAAAUCUUAUUUGCUAGUCAUAGAUGACGUUUGGGAUGAAGAGAGGGCACAUUGGGAUGACUUUAGAAGUUGUAUGCUGAAAGUGAGCGCACAUAAUGGAAGUAGCAUUCUUGUUACUACACGAAAUCUUCAAAUCGGAACUUUGGCAAUGAGUAAGGAGUUUAUUUUUUUGCAAGGUCUUUCUGAUGAUCAGUGCUGGUCCAUGUUUAAAGAUAGAGCGUUUGUGGCAGGACAACCACCAUCGCAAGAAUUGGAGGAUAUAGGCCGUGAUAUUUCGAAAAAGUGUCAUGGUUUGCCACUACUAGUAAAUGUUAUUGGAGGCAUGUUGCGUAAUUACGAUGACAAAUCGAAGUGGUUGUCCAUCAAAGAUAGCAAGGUUUGGGAUCUAGAAGGCGAAGGGGAUAGAGUUCAUAACAGCUUGAAAUUAAGCUUUGAUAAUCUUCCAAAUUCUAUUGUCAAGCAAUGCUUUGCUUGUUGUUCCAUCUUUCAAAAGGACACCGUCAUGAAAGGGGAAGAACUGGUUCAACUUUGGAUGGCUUUAGGAUUGGUUCAAGCGGAUGAGACUAGAAACAAGGAGAUGGAGGAUGUUGGAAAUGAUAUUGUUGAAAUUUUGGUUAGCAAUUUAUUGUUCCAAGAUGUUAAAAGAGAUGAGUACGGCUCCGUUAUUGGUUGUAGCAUGCAUGACUUGGUGCAUGAUCUUUCAUCAUCACUUUUAGGACAUGAAAGUAUACGUCUCGUGCAUCCAACAAGCGAUGAUAUUGUGCGUAUUCCACAGGUUAAACAUCUCUCAAUGUACCGACACUGCAGAAAUGAUGUUCGAAUUGACAUCUCUCUCAAAAAGAUGAGUUGUGUGGUCUUCAAAGAGAAUAUGAGAGCUAGAUCUUUGCAUACAUUGUUUUUUGAGGGUCAAGUUGAGAAGAACAUUUCAUUUCAACGUUUUAAGUGGGUGCGAAUCAUCAAAUUCAAUAGAUGUAAACUAUCUAUCUUAGACGAGUCAAUUGGAGAGUUGGUGCAUUUGAGGUAUCUUGAUUUGUCUAAUACCGCUAUCGGUUAUCUUCCAAAAACUAUUGGUAAACUUUACCAUUUGCAAACUCUUAAGGUACGUGGCUGCUCCCAUCUUAGGAAAUUUCCCCAAGACAUUCAAAAAUUGAUAAGCCUGCGAGAUUUCGAGUUUCCAAAAAACAUUCUCAUCAAUAAUGUGGGACGAUUGACUUCUCUUCGAUCAUUGACUUCAUUUCACGUGGGUAAAGAGAAGGGACAUCAAAUCCAAGAGCUAGGCCCUUUGAAACACCUGCGUCGACAGCUCCAUAUUUUGAAUCUUGAAUCAAUUAGCAGCAAAGAAGAAGCUGCCCAGGCAAAUUUAACCGCAAAGAAAAAAUUAUACAAGAUUGAAUUUUGUUGGAAUAAAGAUGAAUCUGGCAACCGAAACGACAAGGAUGUAUUGGAAGGCUUGCAACCCCCUGCAAGUGUGAAAAGCUUGACAAUCUACAACUUUUCUGGUGAUAAUUUUUCAGCUUGGGUAACAAUGAUGGCAAUUGAUGUGAAAGGGAGAUGGACGUCCCUUAACAAGCUUGUGGAGAUCAAAUUAUAUGGAUGUAGCAGGUGCCUCUCACUUCCAAUGCUUAAGUACUUACCACUUCUUAGGGAUCUUGUGUUAAGGAAGAUGGACAACUUGACAUGCUUAAGCAGUUCUUUAGGUCAAGGUGACAAUGUUAAUGUUACUGGAUUAAUGAAACCAUUGUCUCCAUCGCUGAGAUCACUCCAACUGAGUGAUAUGGAAAGCCUUGAAAAAUGGAUAGAUGCAGAAACGAACAGCUCAACAAUGUUAUCGCCUGUCCUUGAAAGGUUGUACAUUAGUGGUUGCCCAAAGAUUGUUCUCUUAGAUGAAAGUUAUCUCCACCCUCUUGUUUCCUUGAAGAUAAAGGACUGCAAAAGGCUCGUGUCCAUUAAGAGUAUACAAGGCCUCACAUCUCUCAAAACUUUAGCAAUCCACGGUUGUCCUAGUCUUUUAGAAUUACCCAAUUUCCAUAACCAGCGUCAUUCUUUGAAGAGAUUGAGUAUUAUCGAAUGCAACAAACUGACUUCCCUGCCUCCUGGAAUGUUCAACUGUUUUUCCUACUUAAGCAGGUUGAAACUUGGUGCAUUCUCCAAGGAGCUACAUUAUUUCCCAAGUCUCCAAGGCAUAGAGAGGUUGAGGAACAAGCUUCACUCGUUGGAACUGAACGGUUGGGAUCAUUGGGAGUCGUUACCAGAAGAAAUAAAGCACCUCACUUCGCUGACUCGGUUAACCAUACAGGGAUUUGGAAUCCGAGGAUUGCCUAUAUGGUUAGUCAAUAUGUCAUGUAUUCAAAGUAUGCUGUUCAAUUCUUGCAAGGGACUAGAUAAAGAAAAAAUUAAACGAGUUGAAGCAAAUGUUUUCUUAGAUGGAUCGAGAGUGUAA